AAUAGUUGAGAUAUCAUGCCACACCUCCAAUUUGGGAGUAGCUGGAGUAGCUUGCAUGCUGCUACUUCUGCAGGUAGUCUACGUAGAUCUAUGCAAGCUAGCUGCUAUCCCUCAGGAGUACACUUGUUUUAUAUAUGCAAUUUGCAUGUUAAAAUUUCUUUUAAUUUUGAUAAUCAAACAGCUAUAGGGGCAAGGCCACGCACCGUAGGUGUCUCGUUUGCAGUUUGUAUUGAUGGAGAAGUUCGUCUUGUUGGAGGAUCCAGCAGUUUAGAAGGACGUGUUGAAGUAUGCAGAAAUGGAUCAUGGGGUACUGUCUGUGAUGAUUCAUGGGAUACUAAUGAUGCUACUGUUGUAUGUAGACAGUUGGGAUAUGAUCUUACAGGGACCGCAUAUAGUAAUGCAUACUUUGGAGCAGGAACAGGAAGAAUAUUAAUGGAUGAUGUUGCUUGUACUGGAUCUGAAUCAUACCUUACAAACUGCUCUCAUACAACUAAUCAUAAUUGUCGUCACUCUGAAGAUGCUGGAGUCAUCUGUGGCCUUCGUGCAUUUUUAGGAAUUAUGAUUGGAGGAGCAAUCGGUGGUAUUGUUUUCCUACUCUUUGUAUUUGCAAUGAUUGUUAUAUGUGUAGCUGUAUUACAUUCCAAAUUAAGCCUCUCUGGAACUAGAGCCAGGCAAGCAGCUCCUGCAGUUCAAAUGACAUCACUUCCAGCACAAACUACUAGUACUACAACUGGAGCUUAUACACAAUCCCAGCCUAAGGCAGAAAAUCAACCUCUUCCUCCAUCUUACUCAGAUUAUAUGGAACAGCAGACACAACCAACUGCACCAAUGGCUUAUCCUGGUUAUGCUGCACCAGCAGUGGGUUUUGCUGUACAAGGAUAUCCUCAACAGGAUUAUUCUCAAACUGGUUAUCCACAGCAGCAGCAGCAAGAAGCACCAGUUGGGUAUCCACAGCAGGAACCACAAGGAUAUGGAGGAACAAACCCUGGUACUGAUGAGUCUACUGGCAUUCGUGAUGAACCACCACCUCCUUAUUGAGCACCAUUGAUGUGUUUCAUUUCACAUUUUAUAUUUGUCAGUAGAAUAGUGUGUCUUUUUAUUCAGUAUAAUUAUCAGUUUUGUAUUAAAUACAUAUCUAUAUACUUUCACAGUAAAAA